AAAAAAAAAAGUACAUCUCCCUCCGGUCAAUCCGUCUUCUUCUACUCCUUGUCGUCACUCGUCAGUUUCUCUUUCUUCUCGCCGGAGAGAAAUCAAAGUCAGAAUCAAUUUCGAAAUCUCAACCCGAAAAUGGAUCAGAUCGAGUCCGUGGAGUACAAUGCCUUGGAAACCGCCAACGGAAACUCUCACACCGACUACGGAUGGAAGAAAGUAGUCUACCCGAAACGCAACCGGAAGCAGAAACCGGCGGAUCAUACGACGGCGAACGGUACCCACUUUCCCAACGGUGCAUUAUCUAACGGAGACAAUGUCUUCCGCUCCUUCGAGGAGCAAGCCGAAGAUCGCCGUCGACGGAUCCUCGCCGCGAAGAAGGCCGCCGACGCCGCGGACGAUUCCGAUCUGACGAGAUCUAAACGCCGAUCCAACGGUUACGGCGACGAUGGGUAUGGUUUCGACGACAGCGAGGGUGAGAUCGGUGCUGGGAAGGAGAAUGCGAAGGUGGAGGUAGCUAAGAAACCCAAGGUUAAGAAGGAGAAGAAGCCUAAGGUGACUUUAGCUGAAGCUGCUGCGAAGAUCGACUCGUCGAAUCUCCAAGCUUUCCUCGUCGAAGCUUCGGAAUCGUAUGCGAGUCAGCCAGAGAUUCAGCUAAUGAGAUUUGCUGAUUACUUCGGGAGAGCUCUCUCUGGAGUCUCCUCAUCUCAUUUCCCGUGGGUGAAGACGUUCAAGGAGUCUCCUUUGUCUAAGCUUAUCGAUAUUCCUCUCUCUCAUAUCCCUGAAGCUGUUUAUAAGACAUCAGCGGAUUGGAUCAACCAACGGCCUAUCCAGGCACUUGGAUCGUUUGUAUUGUGGGCCUUGGAUUGCAUUCUUGCAGACUUGGCUGUACAGCAAGGAGGCGCCAAGGGUGGUAAGAAGGGCGCACAACAUGCUACUUCAAAGUCUCAGGUUGCGAUAUUUGUGACGGUGGCAAUGGUAUUGCGCAGGAAACCUGACGCUCUAACUAAUGUAUUGCCAACUUUGAGGGAGAAUCCCAAGUAUCAAGGACAGGAUAAGCUUCCAGUUACAGUUUGGAUGAUGGCUCAGGCCUCCCAAGGUGAUCUAUCCGUAGGCUUGUUGUCGUGGGCACACAACUUGUUACCGGUUGUCAGUAGCAAGAGUUGCAAUCCUCAGUCAAGAGAUCUCAUCCUUCAGUUGGUUGAGAGGAUCGUGUCCAACCCGAAGGCGCGGACCAUUCUUGUUAGCGGGGCUGUUAGGAAGGGGGAAAGAUUGAUUCCACCUCCUUCGUUUGAGAUCUUGAUGAGACUUGCAUUCCCAGCAUCAUCAGCAAGAGUGAAGGCUACAGAGAGGUUUGAGGCAAUAUAUCCCUUGUUGAAGGAUGUGUCUCUUGCUGGUGCUCCUGGGAGCAAGGCAAUGAAGCAAACCACUCAGCAAAUAUUCACUUUUGCUCUGAAAGCAGCCGGGGAAGGGAAUCCCGUAUUAGCCAAGGAAGCGGCUGCAGUCGCUAUCUGGGCCAUAACCCAAAAUGUUGACUGCUGCAAGCACUGGGAAAAUCUAUAUAGCGACAAUCUGGAAGCUAGUGUUACUAUUUUCAAAAAGCUCAUAGACGAGUGGAAGCAGCGUUCUGUCAAGCUGUCUCCUAGUGAAACCCUCACUUUCAACAAAACAAUGAAGAGCCUGAGGCUAAAGAACGAAGAAGCUCUUGCUGAGGGAGGAGCCAAUGGUGCAAGCCAGUCCCUUUACAAAGAUGCAGACAGAUGCUGCAAGGUGAUCUCCGGGAAACUCUCCAGUGGUAGUGGCUACUUCAAAGGUGUAGCUAUCGCUGCAGUUCUGGCUGCUGCAGGUGCUGCUGCUCUGUCUGCCAACCCCGAGGUUAUAGAGGAGCUGAAGAGCCAGGUGGAGUCAUUGGACCUCAGCAAAUUGACUGAGUCAGUAAUGACAGCUUUUAAGAACUAAAGUGAAAACAGGUGGGGGAGGGAGCGAUAAGCAAAGAGAAAGUAAUUCUCUAUUUAUCGUUCUAGGUGUAGAGAAAUGUUUGAAAAGCUCUGCCUUUUUUAUGCUCUCUGAUGACUUUGAAACCUGAGCAGAAGAAUUAGGAGGAGGAUAG